AUGGCGCCUAUAUCGCAUCUUUUGCCGGCCGUCACGAGCAUGUCAGGUAUCAGCCUGUCAGCGCUCGGUCUUGUUGUACUCUUAUACCUCAUCAGUCGAGCUUUCUACAGCAUCCCGUAUCCCAAAGGAAUUUCACUCGUUGACUGUGAAGGCGUGUUUCGGGAGGCUUACGAUAAUUACGCCAAGAAAGGCAAGCUGGUGGUCGUCCCCGGACUCGGAUUUCGUCAUGACGUAAUUAUGCCUACCAGUUAUAUGCGUUGGGUGCAGAAUCGACCAGAAACGGAACUGGAUCUGAACGAAGCCUUUAGCGAGAUCGACCAGGUGUCCUGGGCGCUUGGGCACGACCGCUACGUUGUGGACGCAUGGCAAGGAACCUUGGUUAAGACUGAACUUAACGCUGUGCUGGAGAACAUCUGUGCCGCCUUGAAUGACGAGCUCGGUGUUGCUUUUGAUAAAUGGUUUGGGACUGACCAAGAGUGGAAGGAGAUUGAUCUUUUUCAGUCGGUCAAGAUGGUUGUGGCUCAGGCAGCCAGUCGUUUCACGAUUGGCCUUGAUCUCUGCCGUAACGAAGAGUACCUGAACCUAUCAUUUGACAUAGUCGACCAGCUCAUUUUGAAUGCAGGAGCUUCGGGUGCCAGUCCUCGAAUCCUGCGGCCUCUAGUCGGUACUCUGAUCAACUUCAAAAUGCGAAGUAAAAUCAACAAACUCAGGAGAAUGUUUGAACCGGGUUGGAAAAAGCGUAUUGAGACGUUAAAAUACGACCGAGACGACCCGAACCAUGUUGAACCACAAGACCACAUGCAGAUGAUGGCCCGUUACGCCAAGGAGCAUCGCCCAGAGGAGUUCAACAACAUCGACAUCAUGACACGACGCUUGAUCGCAGCCAACUUUGGCUCCAUGCAUCAAACCAGCAUUCAAGUCACAAACAUGCUACUCAACAUCUUGGGCUCAGACUCGGAGUUCAACACCAUGGCUACUCUACGGGAUGAGGUCAAUCGUGCUCUAUACGCCGACGGGAACGGCGACUGGACAAAGGCCAAGGUCAGCAAAAUGGUCAAGGCAGACAGCGUGGCAAGGGAGACCUUACGACUUAAUUCCUUCGGCGGGCGCGCUGUCUUCCGCAAGGUCAUGGUCGAUGAUUUCAAGGCACCGGACGGAUCCCACUUGCCCAAGGGCACCAUGAUCUCUUUCCUCGGACUGCCAGUGCACACGGACGGCGAGUUGCUUGAAGACCCCCUGAAGUACGAUCCUUUCCGUUUCUCCCGCAUGCGGGAGGACGCCGCCGCGAAGGCCGAAAAGACACCCCCACUCUCCUUCGUCACAACCAGUCCCGAGUUCCUGCCAUUUGGUCACGGAAAGCAUGCAUGCCCUGGUCGCUUCCUAAUUGACUUUGAGUUAAAGAUGAUCAUCGCCUACGUGCUGGAACACUACGACGUGGAGUUUCCUCCGGAGUAUAACGGCAACCGCCCUAAAAACUAUCGGGUGACCGAGGCCUGUUUUCCACCAGAUGGCGUCAAGAUACGGAUUAAGAGAAGAGUGACCGCCAACAAGGAAUGA